GUCACGUGACAGCGACGACGGAGAGCGUGAACUGUCUCGUAUCAAAGUACAAAGAUUGUGUAAUUUUCCUCGGAUAACAGUGAGAUAUUGCAGCGAGUAACACAUUAAACCCCAGACAGAUCAUUUUUCUAAACUUCAUUUGGUCUUUUUGUUCUGUGCGUGAUCAAACCUUGUUUUCUGCAUCAGGAUCAGAUGAGAUUUGUGGGUGUCUCUCAGCACAGUCUGAGGAGACUCAAUGCCGUAUUCUCUGCAGGCACCGUCAGAGGCACCUCUAGCUCGGCCGCUAUGAGACUCGUCCAGUUCUGCCACAGAGGAGGCGAGGGGGCCGUCAGAGUCGGGGUGGAGCAGGCAGAAGGUCAGGGGGUCGUUGAUCUAAAAGCUUUCGACCCAUCCAUACCUUCCACUAUGAGGCAGUUCCUAGAAAUGGGGCAAAAGGGAAUGGACUGUGCUAAAAGGGCCUUGUCCAGCGGUCAACAUGUGGUGGCGCGAUCAGAUAUCAGGCUGCUGUCCCCAGUGACCGGCCCAGAGAAGGUGGUGUGUGUUGGUAUGAAUUAUAAAGACCACUGCCUGGAGCAAAAUGCCCCGAUUCCUGAAGAGCCCAUCAUAUUCAGCAAAUUCCCCUCCACCAUCACCGGCCCUCAUGAUGACAUCCUUCUACCAAAGGAGAGUCAGGAAGUGGACUGGGAGGUAGAACUCGCCUUUGUGAUUGGACGGAAAGGGAAGCAUAUUAAGGAAGAGGACGCUCUUUCCUAUGUGGCAGGCUUCACUGUAGCCAACGACGUGAGUGCUCGUGAUUGGCAGAUGAAGCGCAAUGGAAAGCAGUGGUUGCUGGGAAAAACGUUUGACACGUUUUGUCCUCUCGGGCCAGCACUGGUUACUACUGCAGCACUCAAAGAUGUUCAUAACCUGGGUAUCCGCUGUCUGGUGAAUGGGGCUGCAGUUCAGGACAGUAACACCAAUCAAAUGAUCUUUCAAACCGAGAAGCUGGUCGCCUGGGUCUCACAGUUUGUGACUCUUUGUCCAGGUGAUGUGUUUUUAACUGGAACGCCUCCAGGUGUGGGAGUGUUCAGAAAUCCACCUGUGUAUCUAAAGAAGGGAGAUGUUGUGGAGUGUCAGAUUGACGAGGUCGGAUCGAUACGGAACACAGUCGUGUAACAGGAAGAUCUGCAUUGAUUGAAGCGCCACUGCUGCAUUCACCGGUUUUUUCAUACUGACACCAUAAAAUAUGGAUUAUUUUUUAAUUGAAGAAAAUAAAAUAAGCAUUACGCUCUGGGCCAUCUUUAAAAAACAAACUUUUAUAAUGCAGCCUUUACUCUCACUAUCAGUGUGUUUUUCAUCAGAGUGUCGAACUGGGGUUUAGAUGCCCAGCUUUCCAGUAGAGGGCAUUACUGACCCGUGUAUGUUUGCUUUCAUUAUUUUUUUGUGUCCGUUUUAUAUAUUCUCAGCUUCAGAUUUCCAGAAACAUAUUUAAUUUGUGUUAAAUUACACUGCCGUUCAAUGUAAGGUGACUACUCAGGAUUCUGAUUCUUAUAAUUGGAUAAAUCAUUCCAAUGAGUACAAAUCAUAAGUUACAGGACCUCUGAGUUAAAUACUACAUUUUAACACAAUAAAAGCAGGAACUGUAGCUGUG